CACCGUGUUAAAAAAUAUAACAAAAUAACCGUGUGUUAAGAAAGGCUACAGGAGUACGGGCACAAAUCCACCGUGUCUCGCGCUACGCCUAGGAGGACCCCACGCGGACAAAAGCCCGUCGUCCGUCGAUCCCCACGCUGCAAGCUCGAGCUGACCCCUCCCAUGGCGACGACUUCGACUGACGAACUGCUCGUGAUAAAACGGCUCACGAUCGAACAGCCAAUCGAACAUUCUCCGAUUACUCUGCACCGCGUCCAUUCCCCUCGAUCUCGCUUCAUCUCGAUCGGCCUGCUGCUGACCCGAUCCCGCUCCAUGGCUCUGAUCAACCUCCUCCGGGUCUGGCCGGGGCCGCCGGCAGAGCAGCCGGUCCGGGACCUCCGAGCGGCCAAGUCGGCCAUCCUCGUGGGCGUCCUCAACGGCGUCAGCUUCUCCUCGCCGUCCGACCUGCACCGCUGCCUCUGCUGCGACGGCGGCGCCGGGAACGCGGAGCGGCGGUAUGACCACCUCUGCCAGCUCGCCGGCUUCGCGACGGCCGUGCUCGGAGUGGCCCUCCUCGUCGCGGACAUGGCGUUCUCGGCGGCGACGCGGGCUAUUUUGUACCUUGGGUGGAUGGUCUGGCUCACCAAGGUCUUGACCGGCGGCACGCUCCAGUUCGGCCUCAGCGUCCUCCAUUUCUGCCUUCGGAUGAUGUUCGCCAGAUUCACCUGACUGGCUGACAACUUUCACCCCCUUUUUUUUUCUUACCGAACCUUAUUCAUUUCAUUUUUUGGGUAAAAGAAAGAUUUCAUUUUUUUCUAUCUAACCUUAUGUACUUUCUUUUUUUAAAAAAAAAUCUAAUACCAGAUUUCUAAAUAAGAGUAAUACUUGAAGAACAAUUGUUGCCUUGCAAGAAAGCCCCGGGCGGAGCUGCCCUUUGUUGUCGGGGUCGGCAGACUCCGAUAGAUUUGUGUAUCAAAGAUACACCCCGGUAUGCACCACAUAAGACCCUGGUGCUAUUUUUAUCUGACUUCGCCCCUGCACCGCCCCGUUGAUAAUGUUCUUUCUGUAUGUGUCCCAUAUUCGUUAGAGGGCUCUAUCUUCAACACAUUCUUGCGCUUGUAUUUGGCUGCUAGAUAUCAGGAAAGAUUAA